ACGAUCGUGGUCAGUCUUCACGUGUUUCGCGACAGAUAAAUUCUUUAUGCAAGAGCAAAAAGUGUCGGAAGCGCGCGCAACUCAGCUGGUAAACGUAUGUUUCCGCAGUCGAAAGAUCUUUCUUUUUAAUCGGCAUACAACUCUCUCUCUGGCAAUGAACUUGCCUCUAUCGUGGUAGCCUAGUGUAUCUGCGGCCACGAAACUGGCUAGUUCGGCUUGUUGAUCGUUUCGAUCCUUCGUUGGUAUUUGAGCCGAGUGCACGUCGUCGUUGAACACACAGGAUCCUUGAACCGAGCCAGAGUUCGUCAACGAUGUUCUUCAGGCUCGCUGUAUUCGUCGGCCUGAGCUCCGUCGUCGCAACCAUCAUCUACUUGACGCCUAUACCAGAACAAAUAUUCCUCUCCUGCGAUAGACCAUGCCACCAUUUGGAUUGGCCAAUGAUUUGUCGAUUGAAGCUCACUCUGGAAGUGUUCCAGUCGCUCAGCAAAUCGUGCGGCGAUUGUCCACAAAACGAAACGGCAUGUUUGUCCGAUCACUGCGUCUCGGCGGAUGGACAAAGACGCGGGAUCCUCACGGCGAAUCGUCAGCUGCCUGGCCCCACCAUUCAGGUUUGCGAGAACGAUAUCUUGGUAGUGGACGUGAUUAAUCGGAUUCCGGGUAAAACUGCGGCGAUGCACUGGCGAGGCCAAACGCAGAUUGAGACGCCGCAUAUGGACGGCGCACCUCUGGUCACUCAGUGCCCGAUACCGAGCUACACCACCUUCCAAUAUAAAUUCCGCGCUUCUUCCGCUGGAACUCAUCUAUGGCAUGCUCACGCUGGUGCCGACGUUACUAAUGGCAUAUUUGGCGCGUUGAUCGUGAAGCAAGCCGAUAUCAAAGAUCCUCAUCGCGCUCUUUACGAUAUCGACGAUUCGAAUCAUGUGGUUCUCGUGAGCCAGUGGCAACAUUCCACCGAAAUCACGUUCACCGACGGCCACGCGAAACCAGCGAUCCUUUUGGUGAAUGGCAGGGGACGACAGCCAAAUGGGCCGAACGUCCCUUUGACCAGGUUCACAGUUAUCCCGGGACGACGUCACAGAUUCCGCGUUGCGAACGCUGGUGGUGCUGGAUCCUGUCCAAUAACGAUCUCCGUCGAUGCUCAUCCCCUUCUUCUGAUCGCUCUCGAUGGCCAGCCAGUGGAACCACGACAAAUUGCAUCGAUUACAUUGGCGAAAGGCGAGAGAGCAGAUUUUGUCCUGAAGGCGAACAAGCGAGUUGCUUCCUACUGGAUGAACGUGUACACGUCGAAAGAAUGUGCGAUCAGUCCCAUAAACGGUGCCGCGAUCUUAGAAUACAAGGGAAGUUCAACGAAGGAUCCGUUGCCCGUGGCGGAAGCUACUGAACAGUCGGAAGUCGAGGAAGUUGGAGUGGCGAUGACGACGAACCCCGCGGCGAAGUGUGAAAAUCCAGAGAGUCUGUGCGUGACGGAAUUGCACGCAUUGCGGAAGAUACCAGCUGCUCUAGGGAAACCGAAAACCGACGUCACCAUCCGUUUGCCUAUUAAUUACAAGCUGCAGACGAACGAUAUCGUUGGAAACAGCGGCGUGGAGAUGAGAGUUCUGAACGUGAACAACGCCACGUUCACGUACCCGUCGUCACCGCUGUUGACACAGGGCGCCGACGUCUCCGAAGAGACUAUGUGCUCUUCCACCCCCGACGAGGACGACGCUCGUGUCGAGAACAACGAAACUGCGUCGUUGUCGUCGCGACGCUGCCGCCGUAGCGACGCUACCGCUUCAGACGUUUGCGAGUGUGUUCAUGUGAGGUAUAUACCGCUCGGGGCGACUGUCGAGAUCAUUCUCCUCGAUCAAGGCGGUCUCGACGACUUGGUGUACCACUUGCACGGAUACACUUUCUACGUAGUGGGUGCAAGAAAGUUCGGUCGCAGCGUGUCUUUGCAAGAGUUAAAAAGCCUGGACGACAGAGGUCAACUGCUUUCUCGGGAUCUCGACUGCACCGUGGCUAAAGAUACCGUAGUUGUUCCGAAAUUCGGGGCAGUCGCCCUCAGGUUUAAAGCGGAUAAUCCAGGCUACUGGAUGUUACGAGACGAGCAUGCAGCCGAAUGGACGCGUGGGUUGGACGUGAUCCUUCAGGUUGGACACACGAGUGAUAUGGUACCCGCUCCGGAAGAUUUCCCUAAAUGUGGAUCCUUCGUUGGACCGGAUUACUUCCUUAUAUAGACUGUUAGUUGCCCUAAGAAUCGCGUACGCCGUGUACAUAGUUGUAAAUAAAGGCGGCCAGACUGAAAGUUACACACCUUGGCAAGGAUUUUGUAUUAUUCGCAUUUUUCUUUCGUUGUAAGUAAAAAGUUAAUCACGCGGAACGUGGCUUUAUCAUUGUAUAAAUAUCGGAGAACUUUUCUAUGUAUCAUGUACUUUCGCAUAAACAUUAGCCAAUAAAUAUUAUUUUCAAUUUUGUACCAGUA